AUGAUCAAAGUUGCAGUGAUCGGCACCAAUGGGUUGGCGCAGUACAUUGCCAACAGCAUAGCAACACAGACCUCCCAUCAAUUCAUCAUUCUGUCUCGAAGGCCUAGUCCAGGUCUGACGGCAAGAGGGUGGCAAGUACUUCAGGUCGAUUACUCCAAUCCUUCGGACCUCAAGUUCAAACUAGCCGGUGUCGACACUGUCAUUUCUACUGUCAGUGGUAACGCUCAGCUUGCGCUGAUUGAUGCGGCGGCGGCGGCUCAUGUGCGUCGCUUCGUCCCCUCCGAGUUUGGUGGGCCUCCUUCUCUGCGUCCACAGAACGAUCUUCUUGACAAUGGUCGCCGCGCAGCCAUUCUUCGACUCCAUCAGCAUGAAUCUUCGGGCAUGCGCUUCACUGUCUUUACGUGCGGUGUUCUCUAUGAGAGAUUCGCCCCCGGAGGGAUGGCGGCCUCACAAAUCGGUCUGCGCAGUAACAUCGGGCAGGAAGGCGACUAUCUGAUGGAUUUUCGCCGGAGGCGGGCACAGGUGCCUUAUCUCAACAGUGCCGGACAGCCUGCGACAAUUUGCAUGACUUCGGCUGCGGAUGUUGCAAGGUUUGUGGUCGCAGCCCUGGACCUGCCUUCGUGGCCGCGGGAAUUUCGCUUGCGCGGUGAGCGUCUGAAUGUGCGAGAUAUCGUAGCCAUAGCUGAGGAGAUUCAAGGCCGGUCGUUCGAAGUCUCUGGGCAUACAAGGAGUUCUUUACAAGACGCAUUGACCUACGCUCGAGCUGUUGGGGAUCAUGCACGAGAAACUCGAGUACAUCAUCUGAUCACGACCGCCGAAGGUCGCUACGACUUUGUUAGCACCAAUCUCAAUCAGCUGGUGACAGUACGACCGGAGAGCUUCCGCGACUGGCUUCUGCGUGUAUGGUCAUCCGCUACUUGA